GAAAGUAAAAACCACGUGACAUAGUUACACUGGACGCUUUUCGGCUGCCAAUAAAAGUCGUACAUAGCUUAGAGGAUGGCUAACUUUGAACAACAGUUACAUUUAGCUGUUAGAAACGGAGACAGGGAGAAAAUAGAGAAAUUGCUAGAUAAGGGGGUGGAUGUUAACUGUUUAUUCUACGGCUGGACGCCUCUACAACUAGCUUUACAAAAAGGGUAUGAGGCAGUAGCGUUACUUCUUAUAGACAGAGGGUGUGACGUACAUCUACACGACAAAAACAGUGUCUCUCCAUUUGAGGAAUGUCUACGCAAGAAUCUCACCAAAGUCCUCACGAAAGUGUUGAACAAAGGAGAGGAUGUGAAUGCGGUGUUAUCCAACGGAGAGCCGCCAAUUUGUGAGGCUGUGAAAAAUGCAAACAGAGAAUUGGUAUCCGUAUUUAUUAAAGUAGGUAAAUGCAACGUGAACACGGUUGGGUGUAACGAAGAGAGUCCGCUGUUCACUGCUGCCAGAUCGGGUUACAGCGACAUCUGUCGUCUUCUGCUGGACGCAGGCGCAGACUCGGACUUUGUUCAUCCAUCUAAUCAGCACACACCUCUCAUCACAACCGCUAGCAAUGAUAACGAUGAUGUCAUCAAAGUACUUUUGAAGCAUGGUUGUAACGUGAAUCACCGUGACGUCAUCGGAAAGUCAGCGCUCUGGCAUGCGUACAGCAACAGCAACACAGACAGCAUGAAACUUCUGCUGAGAGCCGGUGCCGACAAAAAUCUUCUCAACUCCGAGGGCCAAACCAUACUGGACGACGCCAAGGACGCAGACGACGAUGACGUCAUAGAACUUUUGACUAAAUUCAAUCAAUCUUGGACUUGACGCAUAGCAUGAUGUAGAGAAAAAUUAUGUGUUCAUUGGGGAUUUUUUUCUCUGUAUUUUUUUUUAAUUAUCUUUGAUUCAUGGAACAUAAUCAUAUGGGACUAGAUUGAUGUUAUGAUUAGAUGCAAAGUUACUUAUUGUGAGAAUUAAUAUCAAUCUUUUAGUUUUUGUAACAUGGUCAAUAAAUAUCAAAUUUAGAGACAUUUUCAUGUGA